GCCAACUGAAGUGAACUGAAAAAGCGAAUAUAUGUCCAAACCCAAUACAGAGGCCAAUCUAAAAACCAUGGCGUCUAUUUCUUCACUGUACUCGUUGUCUCUGCGUCCUCGUGAUGGUUCUUUCUCACCUUUCAAAGGAAUCAGUCAAUUUAGAAAGCAACAGGCGUUUUGCAAACAAGAACAGCAAGAAGAAGAAGAAACACCAGUUAACAGAUUUUGCGCGCUGGAGCUAGAUCAAACUCAAGCUAAAAGAAGGCAAGUUGUGUUGCAGUUGGCCUUCACUGCAUUUUCUUUUCCAGCCAUUGUUUCAAAGGCGUUGGCAGAGAAUGAUGUCCCAGGAGAUUUCCGUAGUUAUACUGAUGAUGCCAACAAAUUCAAGAUAUUGAUUCCUCAAGAUUGGCAAGUGGGGGCUGGUGAUAAUGGAUUCAAAUCAAUAACAGCUUUCUACCCGGCAGAAGAUACUAAUUCAAACGUCAGCGUUGUAAUCACGGGACUUGGUCCGGAUUUUACAAGAAUGGAAUCUUUUGGCAAGGUUGAAGAGUUCGCCGAAACUCUGGUCAGUGGACUGGACAGAAGCUGGCAAAGGCCUCCAGGUGUGAAAGCAAAACUCAUAGAUUGUAAAGCAUCUAAAGGGUUCUAUUACAUAGAGUAUACACUGCAGAACCCUGGUGAAAGUCGCAAACAUUUGUAUUCAGCCAUUGGGAUGGCAACAAAUGGUUGGUAUAACAGACUAUAUACUGUCACGGGACAGUUUGUCGAAGAAGAAUCAGAGAAAUACAGUUCCAGAAUUGAGAAGACUGUUGCUUCGUUCAGGUUCAUUUAAAACAAAGGGAACAACUACUGAACUGCGGCAGCAAAAGUUCUGGUUUUCCAGCUUUAUGUUAAGAUGCUGCUACGUGAUACCUUCUUCCUGUUAACAUUUUUGUAUUGACAAUGAAAAUUCUUGAGUGAUCAUAUAUGAUCUAUUCAUUCUAGCAGGACUACCUUGAUAUUUCCUUGGGCGUAGUAAAGCGACUCCCAACUGGGUAUGGUAGCUGUAUAAAUUGUAUCUCUUGUAUCAUUAGUAACUUCACCUUAUUCUCCAA